UUGACAUGCUAAAACUUUCUAAGACGGGAUUUUUAAUUAGUGACGUUGUAAAUCCAGCCCCCUUGUGAGCAGAUCCCUAAGGUGAACGGCAGGAAGAUCCCAGUCCUGUUCCUGUGCGUGCAGAGCCAGCCCGGAGGUACACCGAGGCCAGAGCUGUCGACCUGUGCAGCCCACCUGAGGAUGUCUCCCAGCCUUCAGGAAGGUGCUCAGCUUGGGGAAAGCAAACCCUUGCCCUGCUCCUUUUCAAUCGAAAGCAUUUUAGGAUUGGAUCAGAAGAAAGACUGUAUUCCAUCCAUGAAACCCCACAGGCCCUGGGCAGACACCUGCAGCUCCUCAGAGAAAGAUACUAACCUGUGUCUACAUGUCCCAAGCCUUCCUAAUGGGACCUUAUUCCCUUUUACCAUGGAUUAUCCAGUGCCAGAAGAAAGAGUUUUGAAAUAUGAAAAUUACUUUUCAGCCUCGGAAAGACUGUCUUUGAAAAGAGAGUUGAGUUGGUAUAGAGGCAGAAGACCAAGAACUGCUUUUUCUCAAAACCAGAUUGAAGUGUUGGAAAAUGUCUUUAGAGUAAACUGCUAUCCUGGCAUUGAUAUCAGAGAAGACUUAGCUCAAAAAUUGAAUCUAGAGGAAGACAGAAUCCAGAUCUGGUUCCAAAAUCGACGUGCAAAACUGAGGAGGUCCCACAGAGAAUCACAGUUUCUAAUGGCGAAAAAAAAUUUCAACACAAAUCUCUUGGAAUAG